GUCUCUUUAUGAUGCGCUGCUGGCUCAGGCCAAAAGGACAAAAGACUUCAGCAGCUCAGGUGCUAUAAAGAGCAGCAGCUGCUCGACAGGUAACACACACUCCAGCAACAGCAGCAACAUCAGCAACCAGCUGAGCAACCAGAGAGGCAACAUGACGACCAGCAGCAUGAACAUGGGCAGGAUCGUGUUCUAUGAGGACAGGAACUUCCAGGGUCGUUCCUACGAAUGCAGCAGCGACUGUGCCGACAUGUCGUCCUACCUGAGCAGGUGUCACUCCUGCAGGGUGGAGAGAGGCUGCUUCAUGGUCUAUGACCGCACCAACUUCAUGGGCAACCAGUACUUCCUGAGGAGAGGAGAGUACUCUGAUUACAUGAGCAUGAUGGGAAUGAAUGACUGCAUCAGGUCCUGCCGCAUGAUUCCCAUGCACCGUGGCUCGUACAGGAUGAAGAUCUAUGAGAGGGAGAACUUUGGAGGCCAGAUGCAUGAGCUGAUGGAUGACUGCAACAACAUCAUGGAUCGGUACCGCAUGUCCAACUGCAUGUCAUGUCAGACAAUGGACGGACACUGGCUGAUGUACGAGCAGCCACACUUCAGAGGCAGGAUGAUGUACAUGAAGCCUGGAGAGUACAGGAGCUUCAUGAGCAUGGGCAUGAGCAACAUGAAGUUCAUGAGCAUGAGACGCAUCAUGGACUCCUACCACUAGAGUCACAGUGGAAACACUGACGUGUCA